AUGCUCUGGCGUGAGAGGACUCUGUGGUUCAGAAACGAAGAGUGGUUUAUGUUUGUCGUUAAGAUGCUCAUAAGGGAUGAAGAAAUCAGAAGUGGUGGGUUUAAAAGUAUACAAAUACUUAAUGACACCAGUGAAGGAAGGAAAAGUAGGAGUAGCAAACAAAUGACUCCUCAAAACUCGAAUGAGGAGUUCUUGAAGCCAGAUGAUGCGCCAAGGGCUUAUCAUGGACAUGAAGAACACAAUGGAGGGCAUGGAGAGGAUGAGCACAUGCGGCAAGGAAGCAAGGACAUGAUUCAAGAUCAAGGGGUUUGCGCAAGUCAUGAUUCAAGCUUCAAGGAGAUGCCAAAGAUGCCAUUUAAUCCAUUGAAGAUGCCUUUAGGUCCGAUGACUAGAGCAAGAGCUAAGAAGUUCAAAGAUGCAUUAACAAGCCUUGAUCGAACUCAUCUUGAAGACUUGAAGACCAUUGAACAGUUGACAAUUGCAGGUCUAAUUGAAGAUCUAAGACCGACGAAAGAAGAGAAUUGCUUAAGUGUAGGUUGUCGACAUACUCAUCUAGGAGUUGAAGGAGUUCAAAUUAAUCUUUGGCGGGUCUCAAAGAUAGAUUUGAAUCUAAAGCAACUAGAUUCGUAUCAAUUGGUUCAGUUUGAAGAAUUUCAGGCCCUAUUGGAGACAAGUGGUAUAAAAUUGGAUCUAAGUGGUACCAUGGAAGGUCAACAAGGAGAACAAAAUAAAGAAGUAAACACGGCUGCCAUGUUACAAACAAUAAUUCAGCAACUUGGCACCAUGUCUACUAGAUUGGAGGCUCUUGAAACUAGAAAUCAACAAGCUCAAGCUCCCCAACAAAGAGCUAAUGCUGUACAAAACAAUGAGCAAAAAGUACAACCACAAGUUCAUAAGGCAAGAGAGGUGUUGAAAGAGAUGAGCCUAAAGACAACAUCAAGUACCAAAUCCCAAAAUUCAAUGGGAGAGGGACCCCUGCGGAUUACUUGGAGUGGGGAGUCAAAAUUGGACAUGUACUUUGAUUAUCACCCAUUUGCCGAGCCUAAGAAGGUACAAAUUGCCAUCCUUGAGUUUGUGGAGAAUGGUUUGAAUUGGUGGAAUCAAUUGGUACAAUCAAGGAGAAGGAAUUUGGAGCGGCCUAUUGAUAUUUGGGUGGAAUUGAAGAGUGUCAUGAGAAAGAGAUUUGUGCCAAGCUUUUACAUCAAUUCUCUUUACCAAAGCUUGCAAACCUUGAGGCAAGGAUCAAAGAGUGUUGAUGAGUACUACUCGGAGAUGAUGUUGUUGAUGUCUAUGGCUGAAAUUGAAGAAGCUCCACAAGCCACCAUGGCUAGGUUUCAUGCGGGUUUGAAUAGAGACAUUCAUGACAUAGUGGAGAUGCAACAACAUUAUGAUGUUGAAGAGUUGUUACAACAUGCCUUGAAGGCUAAGGGAUAUGGUCAUUAUGCUAAGGAUUGCAUCAAUAAGAAUGUGAUGUAUCUUACUGAUCAUGGUGAAAUUGUGAGUAAAGAUGAAGAAUUUAACUUGGGAUCAAGUGGUAAUGGAGAUGAUGAAAGGGAAGGUUUUGCGCAUGAUGAGGAUGAUGAUGAUAAUGGAGAAACUCCCGCACUUUUGAGCUUAGUUGCAAGGAGACCUUUGAGUGCAUAUGUAAAAGGAGAUGUGCAAAAUCAAAGGGAGAAUUUGUUCCAUAAUAGGAUGCAUGCGUGUGGAAAGCAUAGUAGUGUGAUCAUUGAUGAUACAAAGAGGAUGUGCUUUGUGAUGUUUUGUCAAUUCAAGCAUGCCAUGUACUACUUGGUAAACCAUGGCAAUUUGACAACAAGGAGCAUCAUGAUGGCACUUUUGAAGAUGCUAAUGAAAUAUGACAAUUCAAGAACAGAGGCAUUACCACCUAAAAAAGAAAUAAUCCCUGAGGUCGAAAGGUUUGUGAAAAAUCGAAACUCAGAAAGGAGAGCUGUGAUUCAAGAAAGUCAUCAAAGGAUGGACAAUCAAAAUAGAGUGGCAAAUCCUGAUGAAGAGAAUCCAGAUGGAGUAGAAAAUCUGGUUGAAGAUCCAGCAGCGCUUCCUCCCCCUCGGAAUUGGAAUGACCUUCCACAACCUCCUAUAGUUCCCCCAGCAAGAGUGGUGGAUAAUCGGUCUAUGAGGGAGAUCAUGGCUCCUAAUUUGAAUGAUCAACCUCUCUGCAUUCAAUAUAAUAUGCUAAAUGUUCCAUGCGAAUUGAAAACAAGAUUUAUUCAUUUGUUGCCUAAGUAUAAUGGAUUGUCUGGGGAAGAUCCUAUCAAGCAUAUCAAGCGUUUUCUGAUGAUUUGUUCUUCCACGGGACCAGUAGGAGUUGAUGAGGAUCAAGUUAGAAUGCGGGUUUCCCUCUUUCACUUGAAGGGGCAGCAAGGGAUUGGUUGGAUGAUCUACCGGCUGGUUGGAAGUUGUCCUAACCACAUGUUUUCCGAUUUCCAAUUGCUACAUUCCUUCUUUAAUGGACUUUUUGUGUUAGAAAAGCGAUUACUUAAUUGUUCCGCUGGUGGGGAUCUACUUCAGAAAAACACUGAUGAGAUUAGGAGGCUAAUAGAAGCUCAAGCUAAGUCUUCACAUGGGUAUGGAGUUGAUGAAAGAAAGGCGCAUAAAGUUAAGGAGGCAAGCAUCAACACUGCUCGUUUGGAACAACAAAUUUCUCAACUUACUUCCUUAGUGAAGGAACAAAUGGGCAUGGGCAACAAAAGAAGAGUAUGUGGUUUGUGUGCUUCAAAUGAACAUCCUACCGAUGCUUGUCCUACUCUAUUUGAUGACCAAGUAAAAGAAGCCAAUGCAAUUGGAUAUCAGGGUCCCCCGCAAAGGAAAUAUGACCAAUAUCCCAACACUUACAACUCUAGGUUUAAGCAACACCCAAACUUAAGGUAUGGUAACCCCAACAAUGCCGUCAGACCCCCUUACCAACCUCCACCUGCUCAACAGGGGAAUCAAGGGCAUAACUCAAAUAUGGAGGCACUUCUGCAGAAGUUGACUGAAAGUCAGUUGAUGACUGAUGAGACCUUAUUAAGAUACGAUGGGGAGUUCAUAAACAUCAAGAAUCAAAUAGGACAACUUGCUAAUGCCGUGAGUAGAUUAGAAAAUCAAUUCUCUGGGAAAAUUCCAUCUCAAACAAUUGACUCAAGAGCAGAUCUUAAAGCAAUUACUUUGAAAUGUGGCAAGCAAGUUGGUGAUCUUCGAGAAUUGGAGAAGGAGCAUGAAACUUUGGUGCAAAAACAGGAGAUUUCGUCCCCUGAUGCUUACCGCGAACGGGGAGAUAAGCUUGCCACCAGUGAAGAACCCCUUGACGUGAGCGGGGAGGUGAACUCUAAACAUCCUAAAUCCAAUGUCAAGACUAAUGUUUGCAUUCCUCCUUUCCCAUCUAGAUUAGCUAAGAAGACCAAAGAGGAUGUUGACAAUGAAAUUUGGGAGACGUUUAAGAAAGUGCAAGUUAAUAUCCCUCUCAUUGAAGCUAUCAAACAAGUUCCUCGCUAUGCUAAGUUCUUAAAAGAUCUUUGUACCAACAAAAGGAAGCAUAAGGGGAAUGAAAGGAUGGAAGAAGAUGAGCUUGAUCUUCGACCUAUUCCUCUGCUUCUAGGUAGACCAUUCCUUCGCACCGCAAGGACUAAGAUUGAUGUGUAUGAGGGAAUCUUGACCAUAGAAUUUGAUAACCAUAUCGUCCUGUUUGAUAUCUUUGAAGCUAUGCGUUAUCCUAGUGAUGUGCAUGCUGUUUUCUCUAUUGAUGUUGUGGAUACAUUAAAAGACCAGGCUUUGUUGCUUGAUAAUGAUGAUGGAGUAGAAGUUGUCUUGCAUAAUGGAUUGAAUGGUAAAGAAUAUGAUAGUCAUGACAUAUCUCUUCCUGAUAGAUUCUCUGAGGUAAUAUCUGACUUGCAUUCUAUUCCUCCUAAGAAUGUGAAAGAUGAUUUAUUGUAUUUGUUCUUACCUAUUCCUUCUUCUAAAUCAGUUCCAUCAAUCAUUAAACCACCUGUGGUUGAGUUGAAACCUUUACCUGAUCACUUGAAGGAGUACAAGGAAGCCAUUGGAUGGAGCAUUGCUGACAUUAAGGGGAUCAGUCCUUUAAUUUACAUGCACAAAAUCCUUUUGGAAGAUGAAGCAAAACCUGUUAGGCAACCUCAAAGGAGACUAAACCCCAACAUGAUGACGGUAGUGAAAGAUGAGGUAGUUAAACUUCUUGAAGCUGGAAUCAUCUACUCCAUCUCUGAUAGUAAGUGGGUAAGCCCAGUUCAGUGUGUUCCUAAGAAAUCAAGUAUGACAGUGGUGAAAAAUCAAGAUGAUGAGCUUGUUGCCAAAAGGGUUCAAGAUUCCUGGAGGGUUAGUAUUGAUUACUGGAAAUUGAAUGAAGUAACUCGAAAGGAUCACUUUCCACUCCCUUUUAUAGAUCAAAUGUUAGAAAGGUUAGCUGGUCAUGAGUUUUACUGCUUCCUUGAUGGUUAUAGUGGCUAUUUUCAAGUACCCAUUGCUCCUGAGGACCAAGAUAAGACCACAUUCACUUGUCCAUAUGGCAUUUUUACAUAUCGGAGGAUGCCUUUUGGUCUUUGCAAAGCCCCAGCUACUUUUCAAAGGUGCAUGAUGAGCAUAUUUCAAGAUUAUGUAGAACAAAUCAUUGAGGUAUUUAUGGAUGAUUUCUCAGUCUAUGGUAACUCUUUUGAUACCUGUUUAGAUAAUCUUGCUUUGAUUUUGAAUAGGUGUAAGGGUAAUAACCUUGUUCUUAACUCUUCUAAGUGUCACUUUAUGGUUGAUCAAGGAAUAGUUUUAGGCCAUGUUGUAGCUAGUAGAGGUUUAGAGGUAGAUAAAGCUAAGGUUAAUAUUGUACAGAAUCUACCUUACCCCUCUACCGUGAGGGAAGUGCGUUCUUUUCUUCGACAUGCAGCUUUUUAUCGCACAUUUAUCAAAGUUUUCUCCAAGAUUGGUGCACCCUUAUGUCAUCUACUUCAGAAACAUGUGGAGUUUCAUUUUGAUGAUGCAUGUAAAAAGGCAUUUGACACCUUGGAACUUGCAUUGACAUCAGCACCCAUUGUGCAACCACCUAGAUGGGACUUGCCUUUCGAGCUUAUGUGUGAUUCUAGUGACAAUGCCGUUGGAGCUGUUUUAGGGCAACGAGUUAACAAACUUGUCCAUGUCAUCUAUUAUGCUUCUCGUGCCCUAAACUCCGCUCAGAGGAACUAUACAAAAACGGAGAAUGAGCUUUUGGCUAUUGUUUUUGCCUUAGUAAAGUUUCGUUCCUAUUUACUUGGUGCUAGAGUUAUUGUUUUCUCUGACCAUGCAGCUCUUAGGUACUUUUUGUCAAAGAAGGAAUCUAAACCUCGCUUGAUUCGUUGGAUUCUCUUGCUACAAGAAUUCCACAUUGAAAUCAAGGACAAGAAAGGCGCGAAAGACUUGGUUGCUGAUCAUCUUAGCCGUUUGCAUAAUGGAGAGGAUGCCACUCCAUUAGUUAGAAGAUCCAUUCCACAACAUGAACAAGCAUCCAUUCUAGGUUUUUGUCACUCUUAUGCAUGUGGUGGUCACUUUGGACCCAAGAGAACUGCUAGAAAAGUGCUUGAAUGUGGGUUUUACUGGUUUUCCAUCUUUAAAGAUGCAUAUAUGAUUUGUAAAACAUGUGAUAGAUGCCAAAGAGUAGGAAAUUCGUCUCAACGAGAUCAAAUGCCUUUGCAUCCCAUUAUUGUUGUUGAAAUUUUUGAUGUAUGGGGUAUUGAUUUUAUGGGUCCUUUUCCAAAGUCUUCUAGUAAUCUCUAUAUCUUGUUAGCAUGCGAUUAUGUGUCUAAAUGGGUGGAAGCUAUAGCUACUAAAACUGACAAUGCUGAAGUAGUUGCAGAUUUUGUCAAGACUAAUAUCUUUAACAGGUUUGGCAUCCCUAAAGCUUUGAUUAGUGACAAGGGCACACAUUUUUGCAACAAUGUGAUACAAUCUCUUGUUAAGAAAUAUGGGGUAACUCAUAAAGUUUCCACAACUUAUCAUCCCCAGACAAGUGGUCAAGCAGAGAUUUCUAAUCGAGAAAUUAAGUUGAUCUUGGAAAAGACGGUGAACCCAAAUAGAAAAGAUUGGAGCUUAAGACUUUCCGAUGCACUUUGGGCUUACCGCACUGCCUACAAAACUUCAUUGGGAAUGUCUCCCUACCGACUUACACUUGGGUACUUCAUUACUGCAUUGGUUAGUUUUGAUUGGCUGUUAGAAUUUGCUUUGGUUAUCAUGUCUACAAGAAAGAAAACUCGAGCUAAAAAGGGUCCCAUAAAUGAUAGGGAGGAGGUUACUCGUCGUUUUAUCUCUAAAGAUGCAAAAGAAUGGUAUGAUAAGAUGGCAGCAAAUGCUUAUGUAGUUGAGCAGAGUGUCGCACCAUCCAUUUAUGAAGAAUAUCAAAUUACUGCUGCUUUUGAGCAUUUUGGAUGGGCUCCGGUUCUGAAUUUGCCCACCUAUUAUUAUCCUCGGCUUGUGCGGGAAUUUUAUGCUAAUAUGAAGGAACGGACUAUACUUGAUUGCUUUGAGUUGACUUCUACAGUACAAGGAAUAGAUAUUAAGAUAACUCCUGAAUAUCUUCAUCAAUGCAAAUUCAUUGACCUUCGGCUCAUUGAUAUUUUCUUGCUCCACAUGCUGCGAUUGGAUCCUUGUCCUCAUCCUGACAUCAAUCUUGCAGAGAUCAUUAUCGAGGAAAUCCAUCUUGUAGGUCGUUUUAACAAACCAUUCGUUUUUCCUUGUCUUAUCACCGAAGUUCUUCGAAAAUUUGGUGUGGAUUUGACGGAUGAACUUCUAGUUCUGGUAAAUACUACAUUUGAUGAUGAUACAAUGAAAGCUUUUGGUUUUAUCGAGAAGAAUGGCAUUUGGGAGAAUGACCAUAGGCAGUUCUAUAGUCCAAACCCCGUGGUCCAAGUUUCUGAACGCCCAAAACGAGCUGCUAAGAAGAGGUCAGCUGCUUCUUCUCCCGCUCAUGAAGAAUCUGAUUUUACUGCUCGUUUGGACACUAUCGAGGCUACUCAGAACCAGUUGCUAGCUGGACAGGCUGAAUUGCUAGCUGGUCAAGCAGAGUUGCGAAGUUAUUUUCUUCAUAUUUUGCAGCACUUUGAUCUGCAGCCUCCACCACCAUGA